AUGUCGCGCAAUAUCCUCAGCGACCCCAAAUGCUGGAUGAUACAGAUGGCAUUAAAUGUCACCACAGGCCUUGAUCCAGAGGGGGUCAAACUGCGUCCAGUCGAGGGUAUUGCGGGGGGUAUUGAGUUCAAUGAAGUCUACUGGCUGUGGAAUCAG